CCCUCGAUCCUUCAUCACUAGCUCUUAUAUACAUUGCUAGAGAGCAGGCUAGAGGAGAAAAUUAAUUAGAUACCUUGGUUUCAAAGUUCGUGACAAUAACGAAGUUUGUCUUUUAGCUGUUGCAAGUCUUCUAAGAAGUUUCUAAUUUGUAAAGGGUUUGGACAAUCUGUAGGCAAUAGAUUUCUGUACUAAAAGUACGGGUUCAGUAUUUAUGUUACUAUUUCUAUGAGCUUUAAAUGAUUGAGAUUUAUAGAGGAUGUGUCUUCAGCGAUUUAUGGCCUGCAUUAAUAUUACAUUUUCUUGUGGUAUGUCCUGGCCUCACUAUUCAUUUUCACUUCCAUGACUUUUAGGAUUUCUUUCAUCCAUUUUUCCUAAAAUUCAAAUGUGCAAACCAACCUCUUUUUUAGUGACUUGCUGCACUUUCAUGAAGACCAGAUCCUUAAAGCAAUAAUAUUUCCUGGUGACUGGAGAAUCGAUUGUCAUGUUGGACUGAUCUCACUAUUAUGAUGUUGAGAAUUAGAGUUUAAAGGAAGGGGAAUAGAUUGUCAGCAGUUUGAUGAAGGUGAUUGACCAUGAAGAUGGGAAAUGGAUUAAGAUAUUCAGGCAGAAAUCAUAUUAACUAUUUUGGAAGGGUGGUCUCCUUUUUGUUUAACCUUUCAAUUGUGGGCAAAAAUAGAACGAACUGUGUUAGUUGUAGGUUUUAUGAGUGAGGUGGCUCUAUGAUAUUUCAUAUUCCAAUUACUUUAUUUAAUUUUCACAAUGCUUGUCUUCAACCACCGUAAAGUUGUAAUAGUUUCCCAUUUUCUUGCAAAGGGAAAACUAUAUCUAUAAAGAGUUCCUUCAUCUAUUAUUCCCUUCAUAUCCCAUUUAAAUAAUAUGUUCAAUCUUUUACUUUCACUGACAUAUGCUCAUUUUCAUGAACGGUUUGUUGAUUUACUUCUGUUUGACAGUUUUGGUUGUAAUUGGUUAAUGCUCUAAUAUUUUGAUUGAAUUAUGCCAUUGAUGUUUAAGUUCUUUAUGUUAUUCAUCUGUGCUUGUUGCUUUUUCAGACUUGAGGAAAAUAAGAUACUGGUGCUGACUCCAUUCGAAAAGAAUCUAGAUAUAUGGAGGCAACUUUGGAGAGUGGUGGAACGAAGUGACUUGGUAAUGUCUUGUGGUUUCAUGAAAGUGAAACGAGUAGUUUUUAUAAACUUUCGAGGACUAUUAUUUUGUUGCCUAGAUUUGUGUGUACCUCUUUCAAAUUUUUACCUCUUUCAAAUUUUAGUUUCAUUUGAAUGAAAUUAUGUGUAUUUGCAUUUUAAAUUUUAGAUAUGCACAGACCGCUAAAAACACAAAAUUUCACCUAACGCGAGGAUUUUGAUUUGUUUGGGGGAGGGUGGGGUGUGUGGUGAAGAUUUAUACCUAGAUAAAGACUAUCUUACUACCUGCUAAGAUAUCUUAGCUGAAUGUUCAUGUGCAUUGAUUAAAAGACCAAUCGCAAGUGGCUGUUUUAAUAUGUUUUGUUGCAAUAUCAUCAAAAUGAAAUUGAAGUUAUGGUGGAAUGAUAUUCUCAUUCUUUUUAAAACUAGGAUUCUGGAGACUGAUGGUAGGUGGGAAGAUUUAGCUGUGUCCUUAGCUAAUUUAUAUUGUGGUCUUCUCUCCAAAAUAAACAUGGCAAUCACCACAGCUUUUUCCCCCUGCCAAUGAAGGUGCUUCAUUUUUUUAUAUUUUCUUUCCGUUCUUCUUUUAAACUUCUUCCAUGUUUUUCCAUCUCCAGCUUGUAAUGGUAGUUGAUGCGCGGAAUCCACUCUUCUAUCGCUGCCCUGAUUUGGAGGCAUAUGCACGAGAGGUUGAUCAACACAAAAGGACAUUGCUUCUUGUCAACAAGGCAGAUCUUUUACCUUUUUCUCUCAGAGAGAAAUGGGCACAAUAUUUUCGCGAACAUGGGAUUCUCUUCAUAUUCUGGUCAGCUAAGGCUGCUACUGCAGCUCUUGAAGGGAAGAUUAUGAGCACCUCCGAUGCUCAGCUAGAAUCUGCUGAUUCGGAUACAAAAAUAUAUGGCAGGCAGGAGCUAUUGGCCCGUCUACAAAGUGAAGCUGAAGCAAUUGUUGCCAUGAGAAAUCAAUCACGCUCCAGUAACAGUGGCCCAUCUGAUGGUUAUUCUGCUGAAGAGAAUGCAAGUGAAGAUGCAACAGUAAAGAGUGUUAUGGUGGGAUUUGUGGGCUAUCCCAAUGUUGGGAAGAGUUCAACCAUAAAUGCUUUGGUAGGGGAAAAACGAACAGGUGUAACAUCAACUCCGGGGAAGACGAAGCACUUCCAAACACUAAUAAUAUCUGAUAAGCUGACGUUAUGUGAUUGCCCUGGAUUAGUUUUCCCAUCUUUUACGAGCUCAAGAUAUGAGAUGAUUGCUUCCGGCGUAUUACCAGUUGAUCGGAUGACUGAGCAUAGGGAAGCUGUGCAGGUUGUGGCAAAUCGAGUCCCUAGACAAGUUAUUGAACAAGUCUACAAUAUCUCAUUGCCAAAGCCAAAACCGUACGAAUCAGAAACACGGCCCCCUCUUGCAUCUGAGCUCUUGAGAGCAUAUUGUGCAUCCCGUGGUUAUGUUGCUUCAAGUGGUUUGCCAGAUGAAACGAGAGCUGCUCGGCAGAUUCUGAAGGAUUACAUUGAUGGCAAGUUGCCUCACUUUGAGCUUCCCCCAGGAACCUCUAAUGAGGAAGCUGCUAUAGGAAAUGCUGGAGCCAGCUUGUCUGAAUCAGAGGAGUCAGAUGCUUCUGAUGUUGAAAACCCGUCAGUCAGUGAACGGGAAGGCGGCCCUGAAAUAGAUCGUGUCCUGGAUGACUUGGAUUCGUUUGACAUGGCAAACGGUCUCCCUUCCAUCCGGGGAGAAGUGAAGAAGAAGAAGCCCGCUGGUGCAACUCACAAGCAACACAAGAAACCACAAAGAAAGAAAGACCGUUCGUGGAGGGUCAGAAAUGGUGAAGAUGAUGGAAUGCCGGCAGUGAGGGUGUUCCAGAAGCCUGUUAAUACCGGCCCUUUAAAGCCUUAAAGGGUUGGGAUUACAACAUGGAAGUCUAUCAUCUUUGAUUCCUUGUAGUCCGUUAUCUGGCUGCUGCCAAGGUUUGCCUCGUCAUGAGAGGAUUAGAGCAAGGUAUCCAGUGAAGUCCCUGUAUCAAAAUGACCACGUUUGCAAUUUAAAUAGAGGAGCUCACGAACCUUUCUUUCUUGGUAUCAAGUCUUACAUUGUGCAACAGGAAUCACUUGGAGGUAUAUGGUGUAUCAAAAUAUGGUUGAAAUAACUUAUCCCAGAUAAUCAACCUUUUGGCCCUCUUAAUCUUGGAAGGGAAACACAGAGAAGAAAAAUGGCUCCAGAGGCUUGCCUUUGUUUACAUGAGCUUACUGAAGGCACUAGAGAUUUUUUAAAAUUAUAUUGUAGUGGUGGGUGCAUAUUUCAUAAAGAAGGCGUUAAUUUUUUUGUUAUCCUUUCUCAUCCAUCAUCCCCUUCAUCUUCUGUUAUCAAGAAUGAAUCACUGUUGGUUUUUCAUUUUUCCCAUUUUCGAGUACGCGAGUCUGGUGGGUGAAACGAUGAAGUAUAAUUUAUUAUUUACUUAUUUUCUAAUUAUUUUUUAAUGGAAGAGUAAUUUUAGUAUA